AUGAGGCGUGUAUGCUGUGUUUUCUUCCUCUAUGCCCUGUCCGUUGUGAUUCCCGACUGCGAGGGCUCGCUAUCCCCAGGGUUUCACAGUCGUGUCACGAGUAAGGGGUUAAAUUACGCUGCCCAGGUAGCCGUCGAUGUCCUGUCCACAACUAUCACCAAGCAGAAAAUCCCUGACGUAGAUGGCAGUGGACACAACCUGAAGUACUCCCUCAGUAACAUCAAAAUCACAGGAUUCGACAAACCCCAGAGUUCCGUGGUGCCUCGGUCCGGGUCCGGGUUAACCUGGUCUGCCAAGGGGCUUGGCUUGUCCAUGCGAACUGACUUUAGUUAUAAGUACAAGACGUUCAUCUCCAUUAGCGGUCAUGGAAGUGUGGAUGUGUCUAUUAGGGAUACGACAUUCAGCCUGUCCGUUGGCAUGGGUGAGGACUCAGGCGGACGACCCUCUAUCAAGUCUACAGGCUGUAAAUGUGACAUAGGACACCUUUCCAUAAAGUUCCAUGGAGGAGCUUCAUGGCUGUACAACCUGCUCACAGGGCUGUUUAAAGGGGACAUCACGAGACAGGUACAGAAGAUCAUCUGCUCCUCUGCCCAAGGUGCCGUGGACAAGAACGCUGAAUCCUCACUCAGUAAGUUACCUGUGACUGUGACGAUUGACCACAAGUUUAUGCUGGACUACCGCCUCUUGACCGCCCCCGUCUUCUCCUCUGUCGCUAUGGACAUCAUGCAUAAGGGCGAGGUUUACUGGUCGGACGCUGUACAGGAAGCCCCAUUCCCGGCCCCACCCAUCCCACCCAUCACUAACGUCAGCAGAAUGAUCUAUUUCCUUGGUUCUGAGUAUCUAGUCAACACCAUGGCUUAUGUGGCCAACAAACAUGGAAUCCUGAAGACGAAUGUAACAGACAAAGACUUGCCUGCUGACAAACGAGGUUUCCUCAAUACGACAUGCCAAGGAUUUACUUUGUGUCUGGGCAAGCUCGUCCCGAAGGUUGCAGAACUGUACCCAAACAGUAAAGGAGAAUUGAACGUGGUGUCCACCAGAGCCCCCCAAAUGUCCAUUUCCCCACAGGCCAUAGCCGUCAGUUUCGGUGGCAAUAUCUCGUUCUUUGCGAGAACAGCAAGCACGGAUCGGUUCUUCCUGUUCUCCAUUGUAGCUGACCUAAACGCAACACUGACGGCGUGUGUGAAGGACGAAAUGGUCUUUGGUAAGAUAAAAAAGAUGCAGUUAGGGGUUAAAAUGUGGGACUCCAGGAUUGGCCCUGUUGACGCCAAACGCCUCCAGCUGCUCCUCAACGGCGCCAUUUCGUUCUACGUUAAGCCCCAGCUGAACAAAUUAGCCAAGGGGUUUCCGCUCCCUGUCACGAGUCGGAUAAAAUUCGUCAAUGCUCAAUUAUCAUUGGCUCAAAACGCCCUAAUCCUGGGUACGGAUCUGACGUAUUCUCCUAAAGAGGAGGCUCCACUGGGCCAUAACGACUUCCGGGUAAUCACAGGCCGGGAGACAUUCAAGAAUCAUCAACUUUAGAAACUCAGUAUCUGUGUAAGACUGGACAUACACGUAUUUUCCCUUGCUGAAUUUCAGCAUUCGUUUUAUCAAAGCUAUAGCAAUUAUUGUUCUCAAUAACAUCCUUUGUUACCCUGACGUCUGCAUAUAGCUUCUUGGCCACUGAACAUUCAGAGUUAUCCAGAAAGUUAAAAAUACUGUAUUUAUCGCAAGU